AAUCCAGUGGAAGAAAAAUGGUGCAAAAGUUUUUGGAAGUGAUCAAGCCCUCUCCGAGGAUCUGCCAUGUUCUGGCGCUCAUUUAUACCGUGCUGAGCCUGGCAGGAUCAAUUUUGGUGCUAAAGUACAGAAGAGAUUGGGUUGAGAAAUACAAUGAAAAGGAGCUUAUUACUGAUGAGAGUACGCGUGUAAUUGUGUUUCUUUUUGGUCUGUAUUGGCUGAUAUCCAAUGGAUUUCUUCUGUUUGGUUUUUUAUCGAACAACGUCACUUUCAAGAAAAUUCAUCUCUACUUCGUAGUCGGGUUAUUCGUCGGAGUUGGUGGAGUCCUGCUGAUUGGAUUUUUGAUAGGUUUGAAUUUUUUUGUUCGACAACUGGAUAAAGCUGAAACCUCCUGGCUGGAGAUGACCCACAAGUCAAUUAAUCUCUUCUUGGGCAUGACACUCUUCGCUUCUAUGAUUGCCUUCACCAUGAUUUUAUGCAUUGCAGCGAUCCACUACAUUCUCAUCGGAGGAAUUAAUCCAAACCACAAGGCAUGCCAAUUUGAUGAGAAUCUGGAGGAAAAAGAAGAGCUGGAUAGUGCUGGAGAGGUGGAAGAAGAAAAAAUGAGUGCUUGA